UACUUCGACAACUAAGUCCUUUCAUAUUUUUUUUAACAGGAAGUGAAAAGUAGUGACUAUUGCGAGUAUAUCCGUCCACCAAUUGACAAAUAUAGAACUCUGCAAUUUGGUAGUUUCGAUGAAAUUCGUGAAGUAGGUUAUCAGCAUGGCAAGGCAUACUUUGAAGGCCAAAAGAAAGCUGGCAUGUUACCUCUUUUUAAAAGUCAUGGAACUCAUAAAAUGGCCCAUGCAGAACAGCAUCUCAUGUCUGGAUACACAUUUACUGACCUAGCACAACUAGUGUGUAAAGUACCUGGAACACGUGAAGAUGAAUCCUCUAGUUCCUCCAGUUCAGAAGACGAAGAUUAUGAGGGUCAUGGUUAUGCUUCAGAACCGUCAGUCAGCACACUUCACGUAUGUAUUUAUUUUAUGGACGUUAAGUACGUUUUUUGAUGUUAUA